CCUAAGGGGACUUGUCGACCUAGUACCUCCAAGAUGGCAGCGUCCACGAACGUGGUUUGGCCGUAACUUUCACGAAAAUUAGAGUUUUAUCCAUUUAUCUGAAAGCCAUAUUCAUCCAGAGUUUUUCAAAUACUCUCAGCCAACCUUAGGCCCUGUGAAUAGAGAAACAAGAUUCCAAUAUCACCAUGGCAACACGACUACUCCGUAUUCUCCACCUAAGACAUCAGGCGUUGUCUCUCUGGAAAGGACCGCCAGGUUACAUGAACAGGACUCUUCUGUUGGGAAGAUUACCCAGUAGCACUGUAUCAAUGGUCCACAGUCAGCAUACAGAUGUAGAGAGUGGUGUAGUCACAGCUGAAGGCUCGCAAACGACAGACUUAGAAACUGAGAGGUUCACCUUGGAGACAAGGUUAAGAAAUGCGCAGAGUCCCGAAGACGUCUGGAAGGAACUGAACGAAGAAGGCAUGACCGGAGACAAUGCAGUUCUCGCUAUCUCCAAGUUGAAUGGCUUUACACAAACCAUGAAGGAGGGGGGAGUCACAAAUGAUGCUAUUCUCCAAGAUCCGAACUUCCUAGUCCUGUGUAACGUUGCUAACAACAGCGUGACUAAGAUGUUCACCGGUAGCGUCCUUUCAAUGCUCAGAAACUUGCUACAGAUCGGUAUGAACCCAGAGAGCAAGAUAAUCAAAUCCUUGGAGACUGAAAUCCGAUGGCGCAUGCGCCGACUGAACAUCUACCAUCUCUGCUUUCUCGCGCAAUUCCCCAUGCACGAUGGAUCCGCCACGGAGAGUCAGAAAGAGCUCAUGAGCGAGGUGUUGCGGAAUCUGGACAUGCGCUGGACCGAACUCCGUGAACCACGGUCCGUCGUACAGCUGAUGGCAAGCGUGGGUCACCUGUCCACAGGGUUGAUGGAGAGGUUAGAAGACAAAGUGCUAGAGAUGGCGGAACAACUCACACAAGAGGAGACAGCAAGAGUGCUGCAGGUCUUAGCCAAUCGGGGCAGGCGGACGGUACCGCUACUCCGGGCUCUGGCCUACCACCUGUCCCGGCGACAGUUUCGGCUGGACCACAACGUCGCCUCCACCAUCGCGUACGCUUUCGCCAGCCUGAACUUCCCGAACACCGCCGUUCUGCAGAAGAUGUCGUCAGAACUCGUGGAGCAGGUGCCUGAACUGAAGCCCCCCACCCUCAUCAGUUUUGCCAAGUCCUACUCCUACCUGAAGUGGCACCACCAGCCACUCGUGGACACCAUGGCUGCUUACCUCACAACAAACCUCAAGUUUCUGUCGGAAGAACAGGUGGCAAACUUUUUGCUGGCAUUUGGAAGGCUGAACUUCACUCCAAGCAGUGCAGAUGAGUUUUUUGAUCAGGUCCUGCCCUAUGUGACAGAGGGUUUGUCCACCUUGCCCAAGUGGAUGCAGCUGGACCUGGUGUGGUCGCUGGCCAUCCUGGGCAGACUGACCCUAGCACUGGUGGCCAAAGUGCUGACCCCAUCCUUCUACAUGUCUCUUACAGAGGGACUAUCCUUCAAGGCUCAGUCGUCCCUCCUGAAGAUUCUCCACAUCCACACCACUGUCCGGCAGGAGCUGACCGGUUACUCCGGCCCCCUGCUGACCACAGAGUUCUGCCACCCUAGCAGGGUCCACGUCAGCCCUGGGAAGAACAACAAGGCAGUGUUACCUGUAGUGGACACCGUAGCCACGGUGGUGGGGGGGCUGCACAAGCUACGGUCGGAAGUCGUCACUCCGUACGGCUGGACACUUGACUGUGAGUUUGUGCUGGACAAGGAUAACCGCGGCCUGACUGUACAUGAGUACAAGGCUGACCACAUCCCCGGGGACCAAUCAGGACUGAUAGCACUGCCAGAGGGAAGCCACAGGUUUGCACUGCUGGUGUGGGAGUAUGGGAACUACUGUGUGCAGAGUAGGAAGCUGCUGGGCAGGUUUGCCAUGUGCAGACGACAUCUACAGGCAGCAGACUUCACCUUACUGGAGGUGCCGUUUUACGAAUGGAAAGAGCUGAAAUCAGAGUUCCAGCGAGUAGAGUAUAUCAAGGACAAGAUAAGAAAGGCUAUAGCAGAGGAGGCCGUCAAUGUAUUAUAGCCACGCUGUACCACAUAACGCUUACGAGAAAACCUGUAAAACAAUCUAGCUAUAGAGUUUGGUACUACAAUGUUCAAAUGUUAGGAUAUUAUGAUGCAAAAGCAAGAUUUUCUUAAGGAAUUAAGGAAGAAUAAGUGUUCAACAGUGACUGUUCAACAAUCUUUUGAAAUUAAUCUACAUCACACUGUAGGGUGAUGUUACAAAAACAUCCAUGACAAUUACAAUCAAGAUCAAGAUAUGUUGAUGAAAUGAAAUGUACAAUGUAGUGUACAAUGGAAGCUGUGCGUGAAGUUAUCAACAAUACAUUGGAAUGUAUGGAAUUAAAAUGUCUGUUAAAAAACUCAAA